CUUUUGCGCAUAUUUAAAAACGGAAAUUUCACUUGAAGAACUUGAGUCAGGAAUAAACUUGAUGGAGGAGGAAUUAAAGAUUCAGGGACCCUGGAAGAUGGAAAACAACAGAGGCUGGAAUCCCAGAUCCAAUGGUGGACAGUAGAACCAGAUCCUGAGGAAUUCUUCAUGGAGCUUUUUACUUGAAAAAAGAUACUUGGCAUCAGUCCAUCCAAUGCUAUUUCAAAGUUCAGGAUGCACCUUGAAGUCAUAGAAAGUGAACAGAAGUAAAGAGAAGUUCAAGCACAGCAGACCAAGAGUUCCUGAUGCUGCAAGAACAUGCAGAAAUGUGCUGGGCUUUAGCAGGAUAAAAUCUUCUACUCUUCCUCCCAGAAGAGGAACCUCUGCUCCUGUUCCUGUUUACUCUGUUUGAACCAGGUCUUUAUCUCUGCUUCAACUUUGACACAAAGAACUUCAAGAUCUUCUCUGGCUCAGAGGAAAACCAGUUUGGUUACACAGUGCAGCAGCAUGAAGCAGGAGGACGACAGUGGCUGCUGGUAGGCGCUCCCUUUGAGUCGACGGGGAAACAGCAGACCGGGGACGUGUUCAGAUGUCCGCUGGACACCAGGAACUCUGUGAACUGCUCCAGACUCCUGUUGGGAAAACUUUCCUUGGAUAACGUGUCAGAGAGGAAAGAGAAGAUGCGUUUGGGAAUGACGCUGACCUCCAACCCUAAGGAUGGCAGUUUUGUGACCUGCGGUCCUCUCUGGUCUCAUGAAUGUGGAAGUUCUCUGUACAGCACCGGGAUCUGCUCCAGAGUCAGCCGAAACUUCAGACCGUCUCACACCAUCGCCCCCGCCCUGCAGAGAUGUGAGACGUUCAUGGACAUCGUGAUCGUUCUGGACGGUUCUAACUCGAUCUACCCAUGGUACGAGGUCCAGGACUUCCUCAUCAACAUCCUGCAGAAGUUCUACAUUGGCCCAGGUCAGACCCAGGUGGGCGUGAUUCAGUACGGCACCACGGUGGUCCAUGAGUUCAGUCUGGGUGAGUACCAGACAGUGGAGGAGGUGGUGGAGGCCGCCAGGAGAAUCAACCAACGGGGCGGCGAGGAGACGAGGACGGCACUGGGAAUCAAUGUAGCUCGGUCGCAGGCAUUCAAACGUGGAGGUCGACCUGGAGCUCAGAAGGUGAUGAUCGUGAUCACGGAUGGAGAAUCUCAUGACAGCCCUCAGCUGUGGCAGGCCGUUGGCGACAGCGAGAAGGACAACAUCACCAUGUACGCCAUCGCUGUUUUAGGAUAUUACAACCGUCGGGGAAUCAACCCUGAAGCCUUCCUGAAGGAAAUCAAGUUCAUUGCCAGCGACCCUGAUGAGAAGCACUUCUUCAAUGUGACAGACGAAUCGGCGCUGAAGGACAUUGUAGACGCCUUGGGAGAGAGAAUAUUUUCCUUGGAAGGAACGAGCAGUCAGGGUCGAGGUUUUGGUCUACAGAUGGCUCAGGCUGGUUUCUCCUCACAUUUAGUCAAAGAUGGCAUUCUGCUCGGGGCGGUCGGCGCCUACGACUGGAACGGCGCCGUUCUGAAAGAGACCAAACACGGGAAGGUGGUCCCUCCGAAAUCCUCCUACAAAGACGAGUUUCCAGAGGAGCUGAAGAACCACGCAGCGUAUCUGGGAUACUCGGUGGGUUCCCUCGUUACGUCGCGUGGCGCUCAGCUCUAUGUGGCCGGUGCGCCACGGUUUAACCACACCGGGAAGGUCAUCAUCUUCACACUGAAAAACACGGGAAACCUGACCAUCCUCUGGGCGCUGCAGGGGGAGCAGAUCGGGUCGUAUUUCGGCAGUGAGUUGUUAUCCAUGGACGUGGAUGAAGACGGACAAACAGACAUCCUGUUGGUGGCGGCUCCCAUGUUCUACAGUCAGGGCUGGGAGAGAGGGAAGGUGUACGUCUACACGUUGACUCCACAGGUACAAAUGGAGAAACUUACACACCGCCGAAAGGUCAUUUUUACACUCAUGGAAUAUCAACACUUAGCAUUCUCUCUGCAGACCUCCUUCAUCCAGCAGGGGGCGCUGGAGAUUACCAACCACUCUCAGAACUCCAGGCUUGGUUCAGCGCUGGCUCAGAUCCCCGAUAUGAACGGCGACGGGUUCAGGGAACUGGUGGUGGGAGCCCCACUGGAGGACGACCACCAGGGGGCGGUGUACGUCUUUUACGGUCAGGAUAAAACAAUCCAGCAGCAGUACAGACAGCGUCUCUCUGCCGCCGGGUUCUCUGCUGGUCUGAAGUACUUCGGUCAGAGUCUGCACGGCGUUUUAGACAUCAAUGGAGACGGGCUGGUUGACCUCGCCGUGGGGGCACUGGGAGCUGCCGUCAUUGUCUGGUCUCGUGGUGUGGUCCGGAUCCAGGCCAAGCUGACCUUUGAACCUGAGAAGGUCAACAUCUUCAACAAGGACUGUUGGCGAGGAGGGAAGGAGGUCACCUGCAUGUCGGUCAUCGUGUGCCUGACUCUGGACUCCAUGACAAUGACCAAAACAAAGACCAGGGCUGACGUUGCCGUGUGGUACAGUCUGGUGUUGGACGAGAGGCGUUUUCCUCCUCGAGCCGUUCUAGAUGAAUCUGCUCGACAGCAGCCCAGGAGUCUGUUCCUGCAGGUCGGAGUUCAGAGCUGCCAACGCCUCGGUUUCUCCAUCCAGGACACGGCUGAUUACGGACGCCCCAUCUCUGUCAACCUGGAGACUGGUUUGCAGAGCCCGGAUGAGGGGCCUGUGCUGGAUCCUGAUUGGCCGAGCAUUCUGAGGGCUGAGCUUCCUUUCUGGAACGGCUGUGAGCAGGAGGAAACGUGCGUUCCUGACCUCAUCCUUCACAGCCACACCGACCUCAUGACUGUCCAGCAGUUCUGCAGCUCCAGGGAGAGGGCCAGCUGGUCCCUCUGCAGCCACCAGGGGACGUCUGUGGACUCGGUGCAUGUGGUGGAGGCUGGGCGGCGGAGGGUGAUGGUGUUCGCUCGAUUGGAGAAUCAGGGAGAGAACGCCUAUGGAGCAUCCAUCCACAUCUCCUUCAGCUCCAACCUCGUCUUCUCCAGCCUCAUAGUCAAGGACCAAUCAGAUAUUCAGAUUGAGUGCUACUCCCAGGACAGACUGGCCAGUCAGAGGAGCUGUAACAUCAGUGCUCCGUUCAUGAGGUCUUUGUCUCAGGUAUCGUUCCGUCUGGAGUUUGAGUUCAGCCGCUCUGUCUUCUUGGAUCACCUACGGAUCAUCAUGGCAACGACCAGUGAAGGAGAGGAGGGUUAUCCAGACGACAACAUCAAUGACAUCUUCAUCCCCCUGAGGUACCAAACAGACCUCCUCUUCAUCAGAGACCCUAACCCGCCUCGGUUUGAGAUCAGAGCGGACAGAUCGUCUUCCUUGUCUUCAUCUAAGGACCAAUCAGACGGCAGCUGUUUGACCUUCAACCUCACUUAUUAUAUCCAGAACCUAGGCCUCUUCUCAGUUCAGGACAUCCUGUUCAGAGCUGACGUCUGGGCUGUGACUGGAGAAGGGAACCAGCUGGUGAACAUUACGGACUACAGCAUCGAGCAGCAGGUUUCUGGGUCUCUCUGCAUGCUGCCUCAGCAGAGAACAACCAGUGGGGUUGUAGCGGAGGAUCUGUCUCAUCUGUCACAGCUGAAUCACAGUAACAGUGCCAGCGUGGCACUGCAGUGCAGACUGAACCUGCCGGCGUCCAGAGAGCUGAAGUUAACGCUCCGAGGAAAGCUUCAUCUUCCUGCUCUGCUCGCGGUGAGCUUCAGGUCACUGGAGAUUCUGACAGCAGCCUCCAUCCAGCUGGAACCUUCCAGUCCCAUGUUCCUACAGGAGGACUCACCUGUCAGACAGAUAAUCCUGGAGCUCAGGAAAGACGAGGAUUACACCGUCCCUGUUUGGAUUAUACUGGGGAGCUCACUGGGAGGUCUGCUGCUGCUGGCCUUACUGGUGCUGGCUCUGUGGAAGCUCGGCUUCUUCAACAGACGGCGGCGACAGGAAGAGGAGGAGCAGCCGGUAGCCAAUGGGAAGACAGCAGAGGAGCUAUAACGUGCAGGCGAUAAUGAUGCUGCAUCUGAUAAUCCUCAAACACUGCUAAAGUCCCUCAGUCAUCUCUACUUCUACAGGUGUUAGGAGGAGAGACAGCAUCGUCAGGUUUACAGGACUAAAGUCAGACAACAGCUGAUCACAGCUGAUCUUUGGUUUACAGGACAAGAGGAACACAACAAUGUCUGAGAUCUGAUGGAAGACUUAGACUUAAGCCUUUAUUUGAAAAAAACCAAAACAGAUUUAAUUAAGAAAAGUUUAAGGAAGAAGAAUGGCUUUUGCAGAGACAAUGGUAAAAAUUUAAGAGUACAGUAUGAACCCUUUUGAAGGCAUUGUAAUGAAUCAUGGACUAAAGCUGCUGUCCUGUUGCUGUAUCUCAUUAAUGCUUUGUGCAGCUUAUGGGUGAAGGACCACGAUUAUUCUCUGGCAUUACCUGCACCUUUUGAGUAAAAUUCAGUCUAAAUUCUAAUGUUAGAAGAGCCCAUUUAAGUUUUUUCCUUGAACCUCUUGAUCACAUUUUAAACAAGAUGUCUGUGACUACAGAGAACUUUUACAGACACAAUAAGAAAAAGCAGGAGAAAUCCUCUGUGGUCUUAUGUUUACUACCAGUUUAUUUUCAGUAUUUUUUCUGUUUAUGGUGCUGAGCUGAAAAUGAUGGACUUUACAAGUUGAUGAGGAUCACCUGAAUGCACCACAAGCCUGUCAUGUCACUCAGGGACCCUGAAGCCCCGCCCCCAGACAAUCAGCCACAUCCCUACAACACAGCCCUGUGCCAUUGAAACCUAGACCCUGUUUACAAGAUUAUUAACCAUCCGUUUUGGUCGUUCAGGUACCAGGUGAUGUCACUUUAUACUCUCACUAUCAUUCCUGCAGCUCUCUUUGGUAUCCUUCAUGCUGAUAAGAAUGGAUGGGACUGAACAAGAGACAGGCUGACAGGCUAGCUGUGGCUCUUUAACAGCUUUUCUCCCUCAUGUUGUCAUUAGCUUUCAGAAGACACACUGAUAUACAGUUAAACCUUGUGGGGCACUGGUUAGACUGGAAUGGAAACUGGAGCCAUAGAAUGGCCUGGAUGCAAACAGCAAGGAUGGAAUGUUUAAGAGGCUUUAAAAGAUGACAUCAUCUUUAAAGGCAAGGAUGGAAUGUUUAAG